UGGAGGUACAGGUGAGACAGGUGCACCUGCCAGCGACAGCCUCUCUGGACUGUACAGCAGCUCACACCGGACGCCGAGACGCCGAUCGGGCCCUGACUGCCACUCGCCAAGCACAAUGAGUUCGAAUGGAACAAAGCAGCCUCCUCCCUACGUCGUACAGGUUGACGGUAAAGAGGACGGGGUGAAGGUUUACCACGUGCACACUCCUUUCACGCCUCACGACGGCAGCGGCGCCGCGACAGUGCACACGGGCGGCGGCGGCGGCAGCGGCGGCCUCAGCUCGAGCCCCAGCACCAACGACGGCAAGAGGAAGUACGUGAGCUACGACACGUCGCUGGGGAGGACUCCCGGCAUGACCACGUGCACCGACUGCCAGCAGCAGGUCAUGACCAACGUCACGUACAAGGCGGGGACGUACGCGUGGCUCAUGUGCCUGCUCUUCAUCUGCUGCGGGUUGGUCCUGUGCUGCUGCCUGAUUCCGUUCUUCGUGAAGAGCUUCAAGGACGCGUACCACACGUGCCCGCGCUGCAACCGGAUCCUGUACGUGGACAAGAAGAAAUGCUGCAAAUGAUUCGAGUUCGAACCGGACCCACGCAAAUGAGACAUUACGACCGGUUACCUUUACCUGGUAAAAAACACACCUUUCCCUAAAAGGUCACAGUUCAAGUGUAGCUCAUUUGUAUAGAUCACCACCAAUGACAGAUUGAACUAAAGGCUUCACGCUCCCACGCUCACUCAAGGAUUUGCAAUGCACCUUUCUUUUUUUAAUUCCUUUAUAUACCACUAAGAAACAUUGUGUUGUCAAAAUGAAGGUUUGUACAUAGUCUUUUCACUUUAAGGGAUUGUGCAUUAAACGUUUUCAAUGAGUAUCACCAUCGUAAGACGUGGCCACCGACCACGUUAAACCCAAGCACACUGCACAGUAGAGAUGUGCUGGCGCCACGUUUUCACCGUCUUCAGACAUGAAAGAGUCCAGGAUCCUGAGAUCAGUGUGGUGUUUGUCCUCUAGCUAUAUGCUCCUAUACCCAUGAUAUGAUUAUUACUCCUGUUUGUUUUACGAAGGGACGAGGGCAAUCUGAGAAAGUGUAUCUGGAGAACGUUUAUGUAGUUUACAACAGCAGCUGGCUGUAAAUGGAACUUUGAAUUUUGUCUGGACACUAGAAGCUUUACCUAUUUACAAUCAUUUGUGGUGUAAAUACAUUACAAUGCAAAAUUAAAAUAAUCCAACACUA